CUUCAAUAUUUACAUCGGCGAAAUGGAUAUAUUACCGGAUUAGAGACGUGACCCCCGUGGCUUUUUAAUUAUACAAGCCUCGGUGCACCGGGACAUCUGCCCUAUAGAAACUCCUCCAGUCGACGAGAGGAGAUCCGUUCCCUCGCUACCGAGUAUCAAUUACAUUGUUAUUAUUACAGGGGAGUAACCGAACAGAGAUGCGGUCAGAGAUAAUACACUGGUAUAAGAGCAUGCACAACAAUGGGACAGGUACACGCGGCGUUAACCGAAGCGCGAUCCCUCCCCCCCUUGCCCCCCUCGUCGUGCGAGCAACGCGAUAGCCAUCGCGCGUGCAACUAUGCGUUUAAUUUGGAUUUGCCGCGGAAAGAGAAAGAAAGAGAGAGAGAGGAGAAGAGAGGAUACGUGUCGCGAAAACGAGGGGUACGCGCCCCCCGAGGGAGACCCCGUACCUUCUACACGUGUGCGUACGUGCACGCAUAACGCAUAUACGCGUAUCCGCAUACACGCGAUAUAUAUAAAACGAGGAGUUGCUUCUUCGGGAGAUUUAGUGAAACAUCCGGGAUGACGAGCGAAGCACAAAUGAGGAACACGGAUUUCAGUAUAGCCCGUAUACUGUCGGACGAUCGCGGUUGUUCCCCUAAAUCGCGGGUGGAUCGCGAGAAGGGGAGGGACGUCGAGCGGAAGCCGCGCGUCCCGGCCCUCCCGGAAGCGAGGGAGGAACGCGAGGGGGAGACCCGACGAAGCGAGGAAUGCUCCGACAACGUCGUCGAGACGACGGACACCUUCCUCGCCGGCGCGACGCGACCGGAAGUGCGAAGAGCCGAUUUCACGUGGCUCCAGUACACCCGGUACAGGCCGCCGAAGCUACCCAGGAGGUCCUACGUCGAGAGGCGGACCAAGCGGCGAAUGGACGAUCGUCCCCGCAUCCCGUUCUCCUCGUCACAGCUGCAGGUGUUGGAGGACAGGUACAGGAGGAGCGCCUAUCUGUCCAGAAAUGAUGUCAUCGAGAUGUCCGCGAUGUUGAAGUUGCCGCAGAGCAAAAUAAAGAUCUGGUUUCAAAAUCGUCGAGCGAGACAAAGACGUGAAUCGCUAAAUUCCACGAUAGCGGCGCGAUGACAGGACGAUAAAGGAAGAGUCCUGCAAAGUCCAAAAAUCCUGAAGGAUUUUUGUCAAGGAUUGAUAUGUAGAGGAUCCGAAUCUGGAUUACAUUUCAAGUGUGACUUUUUACAUUGCAAUUAUUUAU